UGAACACCUACCUCUUCAUGAUGCAAGCCCAAGGCAUCAUGAUCCGUGAAAACAUGCGAACUAUAGGAGCUCAGAUGUACGAGCAGGUGCUCCGCGGUGCCUAUGCCAAGAGGAACAGCAGUGUGAACGACUCAGAUUAUCCUCUUGAUCUGAGCCACAAUGACACCUUUCUGCAAGCCACAACGUUUCUUCCUGAAGACUUUACCUACUUCCCCAACACCACCUGUCCCGAGAGGCUCCCUUCUAUGAAGGGCCCCAUUGAUGUAAAUAUGAGCGAGAUCACCAUGGAGGAUAUCCAUCCUCCAUGGAUCAACCCUUCUGUCAAGCUGGGAGGCCACUGGAAGCCGAGCGACUGCCUGCCUCGCUGGAAGGUGGCGAUCCUGAUCCCAUUCCGCAAUCGAUACGAGCAUCUUCCUGUCCUCUUCAGGCACCUUAUUCCCAUGCUGCAGCGGCAACGUUUACAGUUCGCCUUCUACGUUGUGGAACAA